CUGAUGAACAUGGUAUGCCAUCUACCCGGACGACAAGGCGUCAUGGACAUGUGUAGCAGCAUAAUAUCCACUGAAAACAGUUUAAUUCCUCAAACGUGUCGCUUGUUUAACGCUGUUGCGGAGAAGCUAACAUGCAUGAUGUUGAUUCGUAAAUAAUGUCUGACGCUGCUUUAGAGGAAGUUUCAGUGUUAUCGUCCAUUUACUGCGGAGAAGGAGAGUUCCAACUCAUCCAGCAGUCUGCUCAGGAUGGGCUCAUGGUCCAAAUCAACAGCACUGUCGGAGGAGAAAGAGGGCUGGACGUGAGACUGUUGUUCCAUCUGCAGCCCAGCUACCCUUCCUGUCCCCCCGCCAUCUCCGUCUCUUCCACUGCUCUCUCCAGGACCCAGUGUCACAACAUCAGACAGACGCUGCUGGAUCAGGCUGCAGCUUUACCUCCAGAACCAAUGGUCCAUCAGCUGGUGGAGUGGUUGCAGCAGUGUGUGGAGGUGACGGAGAAGUGCAGAGGGGGUGAGGAGGAGGCGAAAGAGAGAGAGAGAGAGGAGGAAUGGACGGCAGUGCUGUCGUUAGACCACAUCCGAUCCCGGAGUCGUUACAUCGGUCUGCUGGAGCGCUGGAGCCGGACGCUGCAGCUCACUGGGCGCUUACUACUGGGACAGAGUAUACUGGUGGUUCUGCAGGGAGCCAGACCCAAUAUCAAGGAGUUCUGUCGCCUUUUGAAGACGGUGAAGGUGGAUGUGGAUUCUUCAGGCAAGAAAUGCAAAGAGAGGAUGAUGAAGGUUCUCAUUGAAAGCCCUUUGUCUUCCUCCUGCGGACAUGGUCUCCAGGGUUUCGUAGUGAAGAACUACGAGUCGUUCCCAGAGCUGGCCGCAGCCUUCCAGGAAAUCAACAUGACUGAGCUUUACCAGCAGAUACUGCCAUCAUUAAGGGACUGACAGCACACAGAGUACCAUGGUGACCAUGGUGACUUGACCUGAACUGAGAAGAUCCUUGACAAGAUUCAAGGAAGUAGGAACAGGUGCACACAGGAAGAGCUGGCUGUGUUGUGUGUGACCCUAAAUGUGAUAAAAUCGGGUUUAUAAUUAUGUUAAAGGUCCAGUGUGUAACGUGUUUAGUUGUUAAUUAUCAAAAUCUGGAUAUUUACUACCACCAUCAAUUCCAAGUAUUCCUUUUGGCUUGAAAUUUUUACAUUUGCAUUCGCAUGAACUGGGGUAGACGCUCCAUAUUC